AUGAAGAAGCUGGUUGAUGAAAAUGUUCGAGAUUGGCAUAAGAAGGUGUAUGAAGCCUUAUGGGCAGACAGAAUUACACCUAAAAGAGCCAUCAAAAUGGCACCUUUUGGGCUUUUGUAUGGGAUUGGUGAGAAACUUUCUUUACCUCUGGAAUUGUCAGCAGCCAAACUUCAAACAGUAAUCAAAGAUUCCUUUUUCCAGAAUGCUCAAGAGAAGAGGGUUAUGUAUCUAAUGAAGUUGGAAGAAGAAAGAGAAAUGCUGGUGGAUAGAAUUAUGGAGCAUCAGAAUAGAGUGAAGAAGAUCUUUGACAUGAGAGCUCGGCCAAGAGGUUUCCUUAAAGGAGAUGAAGUACUAUUAUGGGAUAAAAAGAAAGAACCAAAGGGUGCCCACGGUAAGGAUAAAAAGCCAUCUCACAUUAGGCUCAAGUCUAAUCCGGCUUUGGACUUCUCUACUCCUCGACAUACUAGGUCACGAAGUUCUGCUCAGAGAAGAAUGGACCAAACCAAAGAUACAGAGGUGAAGGAUAAGAUUCUUAAUGCUUAG